AUGUUGACUAUAACAAAGUACGGCAUCUGUGGGGCCUACUACUAUGGCAUAGCAGUAACCACGAUGGUGAUCUUCUUCUCCAUCUUCACGCUACAAAUGCGUCUGCGAGCCCCCGGAGCGACAACCUACCUUCAGGUGAUCCGGGCUCGCUUCGGCCCUCUGCCCCACUUGCUCUACUGCACCAUUGCUCUCCUCAACAGCACCAUUGUCCUGGCCCUGCUGAUGCUCGGUAGGCUGGAAACCAGAGCGCACGAUGGCAGUCGCUUGUUUCACGCAGUCGGGCCUCGAACUAGGGCUCUUGACAUGUUUGAAGUGUCAUAG